GACUGGGCCCUUCUGAAGGGGUUCUUCCUGCAGGCAGGGUUCUUCUCCAUCCUGGGGGUCUCCCCUCCUCGUCCAACGGUUGAGGCUCUUUCCCCGGGAUCCUCGCUCAGGGCUUUCCGCCAGUUCUGCAUCUUAUUACUCCAUCUGGUGGUGGAGGUCUUCUCCGCCUUCUCUAUUGUUGUUGAUGCUGUGACUCCACCAUCUCCUCUCGUCCCGUCGAGGGUUGCUGCCUUGGCUCCAGUGUGCCACUUGUAGGUGUUGAGAGGGUCGACGUCCUCAGGAGGAGGGGCGUCUUGAGGAUGCUCAGCAGGUGUCUCCUUCUCCUCCUCUGUGGGGCCCGUCUCCUCUGCAAUCUGUUUAUCUUCUGGCUCAGAUUCAGCCUCCUGGUUUGUGCCCAUUUUCAUCUUGGUAUUUAAAAUGGAGACUCGCUUCACCAGGGGCAAGUCUGCGAUUCUAGAGCGCUCGCUCACCAGACCCAAGACUGAGGUCAGCGUGAGCGCAUUCGCCCUGCUCUUCUCUGAAAUGGUGCAAUACUGCCAGAGUCGGGUGUACUCUGUGUCCGAGCUGCAGGCACGCUUGGCAGACUUGGGUCAAGGCGUGGGGGCCAGCCUGUUGGAUGUGCUGGUGUUGAGAGAGAAGAAUGGAAAAAGGGAAACCAAAGUGUUGAACAUACUGCUCUUCAUCAAGGUGUCGGUGUGGAGGGCCCUGUUCGGCAAGGAAGCGGACAAGCUGGAGCAGGCCAACGACGAUGACAAGACCUACUAUAUCAUUGAGAAAGAGCCCCUGAUCAACGCCUUCAUCUCGGUGCCCAAAGAGAACAGCACGCUCAACUGUGCCGCUUUCACCGGGGGCGUGGUGGAGGCCAUUCUAACACACAGCGGCUUCCCCGCCAAGGUCACGGUGCACUGGCACAAGGGCACCACUCUCAUGAUCAAGUUUGAUGAGGUCGUCAUCGCCCGAGACAAGGCACUGGAGGGCAGAUAGGGUAGAUAGAGUUCAGAGGUAGUAGGAAGUGUGGACUGAGAUGUAAAAGGGAUGUACUGUAAACCCUAUUGGCUGUAUAAUGUAUAGUGCUUCCUUUCCUAUUCCCUAUUCAUUUUAUUGUCCUGACAGAUGUGGAAGAUCGGAGAAAGUACUCACUUUCACUUCCCUAUCUGUUGGCAAGGUCAACAUACUUACUUGAAUAUUGCUACGUGGGCGGAGCCAGUUUUUACAACAAUGCAUCAAUUUGUGUACAUGGUUACAGAACUUCCCUACUAUGACUAACCCACUAUAACUACAUUAUACUUCUUCCACUGCCGUAAAUUAACUUUAUGGCAUUUGCAGAAAGUACACAGAUUUGAUUCAGAAACGUUAGCUUUAUGAGUUAUUUGACCUAUUCGGUGCAUUUGAAUCAGUGAGGACAAUGACAUGGAACAAGGAAAGGAAGCUAGUUGAUAGUAUGGUAUUCACUAUUUCGAAGGACCUACUCUAAAGGCAGAUGAAAGGGAGGAGUAACAGUGUGGCUUGAGCAGCUCAGUAGUUCACUAAUGAAAAAACAGAAAUGGUCACAAUUGAAUGCGCUUUAUCCUGGACUGUUCAGCAAGAUGUAAUUUUUGUAAAAAUGGAAUCCCCUGAUUGAACAGAGUUAUCUAGCACUGUACAAUGAUAUGCAUUUCGGUCUUAUUUGUAAUAUCUUAUGGGUGGGAAAUGUUACAAUGCUCCCCAUUUUAGACCUGACGAAUCAUUGUGUCAUUGUAAAUAUAUGUGUGGCUGCUUUAAUGUUCACAACUUAUUUGGUGCUUGUAUAUUGCUUUGUCAAAAUGGAAAUAAAUACUGUCAAACCUGAAAUAA